UGGCUGUUACCGGGGCGGCGGUCGGCCCGUUCGCUACAGAAGCGAAAGCAGAGAGCCACAGCCGUCGACCUAGCGAUGGCAGAAGUGACGGGCGGCGCCGGCGCUAGCCUUGCGGCGGCGAGAUGGACUCUCCAAGGCACCAUAGCUCUCGUCACUGGAGGAACCAGAGGCAUCGGGCACGCCGUGGUGGAGGAAUUGGCGAGAUUGGGGGCGUCGGUGUACACUUGCUCCCGCAAGGAGAACGAGCUCGCCCAGUGCUUGAGCAAAUGGGCGGCCCUAGGGUUCCGCGUCACUGGUUCCGUCUGCGAUCUCUCCGUCAGGGAGCAGAGAGAGCGUUUGAUCCGGGACGUCUCUGCUGCCUUCGACGGGAAGCUCAACAUUCUUGUAAACAAUGCUGGAACAAAUGUAAGGAAUCCAACGGUUGACUAUAGUGCAGAGGAAUUCUCAUUGAUCAUGGCUACAAACCUUGACUCAGCUUACCAUCUUUGCCAAAUUGCACAUCCUCUUCUUAAAGCAUCUGGAGUAGGAAGUAUAGUGUUCAUUUCCUCUGUUGGUGGGGUGGUAGCGAUAAAUACUGGCUCCAUUUAUGCAGCAACCAAAGGUGCAAUAAAUCAAAUUACAAAAAACUUGGCCUGUGAGUGGGCAAAAGAUAACAUUAGAGUCAAUGCUGUUGCACCAUGGUACAUCAAGACUUCAAUGGUGGAACAUCUUCUCGCCGACAAAGAUUUCGUCCAAAGGAUAGUCGAUCGAACGCCACUGGGACGAGUCGGAGAGCCGGAGGAAGUUUCAUCCCUGGUGGCUUACCUCUGCCUGCCUGCCGCUUCAUUCAUAACUGGGCAGAUAAUAUCCGUCGACGGAGGCAUGACCGUGAACGGCGCUUUGUACACAGGCCUGUUAAGAAGAAUCAGUGAACCGGUAGCUCAACCAAUAUUUUGGUUGGACUUGAACCGGUCAAAGUAGACGGGUUCAUGAUUAACUCGAUGCAUGAUUGAUGAUGUCAUAAUUCGUACACAUAUAUAUAUUUUAAACGGAUCUUGUUUUA